AGAAAGACCAUCCUCUGCCAAAACCCUCCAUUGCUUCCUUAUCUCUUCAUCCCUUCUCUCCGCCAAAACCCUAGCUAGACCCAGAUUCUGUAUUUUGCCAUCACAUCCCACGUCGUUUCGAUCCAUGGAUCUUCGACGAUCGGAGGUUUUAGAAGAAGAAGAAGAAGACGACCAGCUCGGUCGCUUACCGGACGACCUCCUCCUCCACAUCCUCGACCGAGUCCACGACGCGAGGUCCCUCGCCCGCUGCCUCGCCGUCUCCAAGCGCUUCUCCUCCCUCGUCCCCCUCACCACCACCGUCUCCCUCGCCUUCCCCCACCCCCGCCUCCUCCGAGCCUCCUCCGACUACUGUUUCGGCCGCUUCCGCCGCCGGAGCGGCUUCUUCUCGCGUCUCCUCGAGAAAUUCGUCCGCAGCCCCCUCCGCUUCCUCCACCGCGUCGUUUCUCCUAAUUCGGUCUCUUGCUCCGGCGGAGAAGGCGACGAAGAUUGCGAUAACGAUUCUCAUCCCACUCCGGGCGAAGUCCUUAAACCCUUCAGAGGGAUCGAGUCGCUGCGCGUGGAACUCCCCUCCUGCGUCGACGCGGUGGGACCCAACGGCAAGCGCAUGGUCCUCAGGUGGACGGCUCAAUUCGGAGGCGAGAUGAAGAGCUGCGUCGUCCUCGGAGCGAAUUCGCUGCGGAGGAGAGACAGCGCUGCCGCCGCCUCGGAAGAGGGCUGCGUGCGGGAAUCGAGACGGAGAGCCUUUGAAGAGGUCGAGGUCGAGGUCGAGCCCGAACCGGUGAUCGCGGAGGAGGAGCUGAAGUUGCGAGUGGUCUGGAUCAUUUCCUGCUUGAUCGCCGCUUCGGUGAGGCAUUAUCUUCUCAAACAGAUCGUAGCGGAUCAUCCGAUGCUGAAGACCGUGGCCAUCGUCGACUCGGACAAGCAGGGGAAGGUCAGGAUGCGACAGGAAGAGAUCGCCGAGCUGAGGAGAUCCUUCGAGUCGGAGGCGGCCGAUGCUGCUGCUGCGGCGCCGGCGGCGGAGAGGAGCCGCGUUCCGGACCUGAGGAUGAAGCUGUGGUACGCGCCGGAGCUGGAGCUGCCGGAAUCCGGAUACGUGAUGAGAGGGGCGACGAUGGUGUUGAUCGCGCCGGCGAGUGAGCUCGGCGAGAAGGGGAAGGCGAAGGAAGGAGUCGAGCUGGGUGAGGCGAUGGAGAGUGCGAGUUUCGAGGGAGGCGAUGGAGAGGAAGAGGCGUUCGGCGAGGCGGUGAGGGAGAUGAGGAAGAUGAAGAAGACGUACAUGUUGGAGAUGAAUUCCUUCUAAGAUGAGAUUGUUUAAGGUUUCGACUUUAUGUUUUUUGGUUUUUGUUUUUUGGACACAUGUAUAUGUUGUACAUAUCACGUUGCCAAACUUUGAUAGACAAGUAUACUUCAAGCACGAGGUGGAUUCAUUGAUUCAUUAGGGGAACAAAUUAAGGCGUUUGUAAUUCCAUCCAAUAGAUUAAACUCGUCGAAUUAAAUUCUUAAGGAGGACCUCCAUUGAUUUUAAGCUUGAUUUCGAAUCCUUAAGAUGGUUUUCCAAAAUAAGGC